UGGGGGCCCAUACUUGGUGGUGAGCUAGUGAACUCCAUUUCCCACAAUCCGUUGCGGCAUCACUUCUGUCGCCUUGGUUAUGAGAAGGAGGCCGCCGACAACACGCACAUUCUCAUUCUCAACCAGUGCUCGCAGUCGCGGUGGUCCCACAAUGCAAGGAGACGGCAGCCAGUGGGAGGUGAGUGACCAGACCAGACUGUGCCGCUUCCUCUGCUACGGCUCAGACCAGAUGACCUACGCUACCAGAGACCAGGCAGGUCCGGGCAUGGAGCGUGUGGGAUCCAUGCUCUCCAUGCUCCAGGAGGGCCAAGGCGUCCAGGUGGUGGAGACCAUCCAGAAGUUUGCUCAGGAAGGACAAGCGGUCCGAGUGGAGCCCUGCAUUUUUGCCUUGGCGUUGUGCUCGCAACACUCUGAGCUGAAGACCAGACAGGCGGCCUUCAAGGCGCUGAAGGAGGUUUGCCCGCGGCCCGCCCAUCUUUUCUCUUUCAUCCAGUACAAGAAAGAACUGAAGGAAGACAUGAAGUGUGGAAUGUGGGGACGGGCCCUCAGAAAAGCCGUGUCCGACUGGUACAGCAAGCAGGAUGCUCUGGGUCUGGCUGCGGCCGUCAGCACAUGUAAACAAAGACAGGGUUGGUCACACCAGGACUUACUCAGGCUCUCCCACACCAAACCAGCCGAUGAAGCUAUUGCCCUGAUCUGCCAGUAUGUAACCAAGGAAUGGAAAGAUGUCCAAGUGGCGUACGCCGACAGAGACAACUCGGAUGAGGUAUCCAAGGUGCUGUCCUAUCUGGAAGUGGUGGAGAAGGCCAGGCACAGUUGUGACGAAACCGAGGUCAUUACUUUGAUUGAGGAACACAACUUGGAGAGAGAGCAGCUUCUUACAGACCACCUCAAGUCCAAAUCGGUGUGGAGAGCGUUGCUAAAGGAAAUGCCUCUCCAGUCAGCACUAAAGAUCCUGGGGAAAAUGACAUUCAAAAAGGUGCUUCAGCCUGGUAGUUCGGAAACCGAAGCGCUGUGUGAGAGAAUCCGCAGCGAGGCAGCGCUAAAAAAGGCAAAAGUGCACCCAUUUAGCAUCCAGUUGGCUGCUGAAAACUACAAACGAGGCCAAGGCUAUGAGGGGAAAAGUAAAUGGGAAGCAGACGCCGAUAUCCUCAAAGCCCUGGACUUUGCUUUUUACAAGAGUUUCUUUAAUGUGGAGCGAGUGGGAAAAAGGUUCAUUGUGGCCGUGGAUGUGAGCACGUCCCUGACCAGUAUGGUCCCAGGGACAUCAGUCAGCACUGCAGUCGCGGCCGCACUGGUUGCAAUGGUGUUUGCCAGAACAGAGAAGGGCACGCGUGUGCUGGCAUACUCUGAAGGAGCUUUGAAGCCGUGCGCCGUGUCAGCCGACAUGACCCUCGCACAAAUGACCGAUAAUCUCAUAAAGAUCCCCGGAAAGAGCACUGAUUGCACUCUUCCAAUCACAUGGGCCAUCAAGAAAGGCACACCUGCAGACGUCUUCAUCAUUCUCACCAACAACGCUUUGUCGCCUCACUCCGCCAACCCAGUGGCUACGCUAAAGAAGCACAGAGAAAAAUUAAGGUGCCAGUCCAAGUUGGUGAUUUGCGGGCUGACCUCAGGUGGGGGAACCCUGGGGGACCCGGGGGACAAAGGUGUACUGAACAUCAGCGGCUUUGAUCUCGGAGCCUUUACCGUCAUCCGUAACUUUGCCAACAACCUGGUGUAGAAGUGGUGCCAAACAUGGAAUUGUAUCGUUUUGUCUGCAAAAUGAAGGCUCAAUUGGCUCAGACUAGAACGUAGAGUGCAACUAAUCAAAGAACAUGAAGUGUCCAGCAGGCUGGGAGUCACGAAAAUGUGCUCUUAGACGAUGGUUUCAUACCGGGCUGGCAAAGCAAUCAAUGAAUUCAACUGGUUGUUGAAGAGGUGAAUGCUAGCUUGAGUGGCUGCAGUUACACUUGAGGACAGAAUUAAAAUGACAUUUGUGUUCAAGUAUCUUCCAAA